GCAAGGCAGCGAGCGCCGGGACUCUGGGAAGAGUGAAAACUCUUUUCCUUGGGAUUCGCGGGGCUUUAUUUGUUUGUUUGUUUGUUUCCGUGACGUGCGGCCGGCUGCGUGCGCGGAACGCCGGGGCCGCGGGAGCCGUUUCCAGCCGAGCCGGGCCGGGCACGGCAGCGGCCCCCGGCGCGGCGGGGCACCAUGGCGAAAGUGCUGGCGGCCCUCAGGCACCACUGGAAGAAAUCCACGUUCGGAGCCUGCCUGCUGGGCUGGGGCGGACACUGGCUCUAUGGCAAGCACUGUGAUAACCUGCUACGAAGAGCUGCAUGCCAAGAAGCCCAGGCUUUUGGCAACCAGCUGAUGCCUGCCACUAUGCCACUGAAGAAAGCAACAGUCUUCCUCAACCCAGCAGCUUGCAAAGGCAAAGCUGGGAACCUUUUUGAAAAGAAUGCUGCACCGAUCUUGCACUUAUCUGGCUUGGAUGUAACUGUGGUUAAGACUGAUUAUGAGGGACAAGCAAAAAAGCUUCUGGAAUUAAUGGAAAACACGGAUCUGAUCAUUAUUGCAGGAGGAGAUGGCACAGUCCAAGAGGUCAUAACUGGACUUCUCCGUAGAGCAGAUGAGGCUGCCUUCAGUAAGAUUCCUAUAGGAUUCAUACCCCUUGGAAAAACUUGCACUCUGAGCCACACACUGUACCCUGAGAGCACGAAUCAAGUCCAGCAUAUUACUAAUGCUACAUUGGCCAUUUUGAAAGGAGAGACAGUUCCACUUGAUGUCUUGCAGAUCAAGGGAGAAAAAGAGCAGCCUGUGUUUGCAGUAUCUGGUUUAAGAUGGGGAUCUUACAGAGAUGCAGGAGUUAAAGUUAGCAAGUACUGGUACCUUGGGCCUCUGAAAACCAAAGCAGCUCAUUUUUUCAGUACAUUUAAGGAGUGGCCUCAGAAACAUCAAGCUGUUCUCAUGUACCUGGGUCCAACUGAGAGACCUCCAGAAGAGCCAGAGGAGAAAUCAUCCAGACCUCCUUUGUAUGUGAGGCUUUACAGACGACUUCGAUCGUACUGGUCAUCUCCAAAAGAGUUCCCCCAGGAGGUAGCCCGAGAGGACUGGGAAGAACUGAAGCUGUCCACCAUUGAGCUUUCCAUUGCAACUCGGAACAGGCAGCUUGAUCUAGCACGCACUGAGGACUUCAUGGACAUUUGCAUCGAAGCAGAGAGUGUCAGCAAAGGGGAGUUUGUUCACAGAGGAAGUCAAAAGAUGCAUGACCCACACAUGUGUCCUGAAGGGAGUCAGUGCAUCCAAGCCAGCAGAUGCAUCUUGCAACUUCCAGAGGGCACUGAGGGAUCCUUUGGCAUUGAUAAUGAGGAGUAUGAAGCUAUGCCUGUGGAGGUGAAGCUCUUACCCCGCAAACUCCGCUUCUUCUGUGACCCCAGAAUGAGAGAGCAGCUGCUGCAGGCAGCAGUACAAUGAGAGUUCAUGGCAGAAGGGCAGUGUUCACCAGUCUUACCAGGGUCUCUUCAAGGCACAUGAGACCUAACUAACCUGAUUAACCCCACUAGACUAAUAAGCCUUUUGGCUAUUUUUAUGUGCGACGUACUUCCAUUGGAAGUGUAUCAUUUGACUGGUCUCAAAGGGGUUAAAAAUGCAAAUGAAAAUUCUGAAAAAUGCAUGUUAACAUGAUGGCAUCUUUUUUUCCCCCUCCCCUAAGAAGUCAUCCAUUUAUAGCACUACAGGCUGAGUGCUGUGUGCCACAUGCUACUGCUGCAAUGCAAUUGUAUAUUAAAGUAAAAUUUAAGUAUA